AGAUGUCGCCCGCGGCAAGGUCGGCUGUGCCAAAAACUUGUCUUACUACUUACUCCACUCUAGAAUACCAAGACACCUUCAACAGUUUGUAAGUAUAAAACAAGUACUCACUGCUUGCACUUUGUCAUUUACAAUUUGAACGUAUCAAAAUCAAUAUGUUCUCCAAAAUCGUAGCCCUAUGCGCAUUUGCGGCUGUAGCCCAGGCCGGCCUCCUGGUUGAGCCGCACUACUCCUCGGCCGCCGCCGUCUCCUCGCAGAGCAUUGUGCGCCACGACCAGCCCCAGGCCGUAGCCCACAAGCUGGUGGCUGCCCCCGUCGCCUACCACGCCGCUCCCGCUCACGUUGCCUACCACGCCGCUCCCGCUCCCGUGAGCUACCACGCUGCUUCCGCCCCCAUCGCCUACCAUGCUGCUCCUGCUACUGUCCACUACGCCGCCCCCGUCGCUAAAGUUGUUGCUCACCACGAGGAAGAAAUUGCACACCCCAAAUACGAGUACACUUACUCCGUGGCUGACGGACACACCGGCGACAACAAGUCCCAGCAGGAGACCCGCGACGGAGAUGUCGUGAAGGGCUCUUACUCUUUCCACGAGGCUGACGGCUCCAUCCGCACCGUGGAGUACACCGCUGACGACCACAACGGCUUCAACGCGGUGGUGCACAACACCGCCCCUACGCACGCGCCUACUGUCCUCAAGGCCGCUCCCGUCCUCGUCAAAACUGCGCCCGUCUACGCCGCUCCCACUUACUACCACCACUUGGUGGUAGUAGGCGGGAGCGGUAUAGACGGACGCAGCCUUGACGACGACGGGAGCGGCCUUGAAGACGGCAGGCGCGUGCGUGGGGGCGGUGUUGUGCACCACCGCGUUGAAGCCGUUUUGGUCAUCAGCGGCGUACUCUACGGUGCGGAUGGAGCCAUCAGCCUCAUGGAAGGAGUAAGAGCCCUUCACGACAUCUCCGUCGCGGGUCUCCUGCUGGGACUUGUUAUCGCCGGCGACGGGGGCACCCACCAACUUGUGGGCUACGUCCUGGGGCUGGUCGUGGCGCACGAUGCUCUGCGAGGAGACGGCGGCGGCCGAGGAGUAGUGCGGCUCAACCAGGAGACCGGCCUGGGCUACAGCUGCGAAGGCGCACAAAGCUACGAUCUAGAACAGUUGUCACGGUUUUCUGACCAGUUUGGAUCAUUGUUGCAAUUAGAUAAGGCCCAAGUACUGGUCAGAUUUCAAUACGACACAGAUAUCAUUCAGACUUUAGACAUUGAAGCUAAACCAAACAUGUUUUCCAAAAUCGUCGCUUUCUGCGCCUUCGCGGCUGUAGCCCAGGCCGGUCUUCUGGUUGAGCCGCACUACUCCUCGGCCGCCGCCGUCUCUUCGCAGAAUAUCGUGCGUCACGACCAGCCCCAGGCCGUAGCCCACAAGCUGGUGGCUGCCCCCGUCGCCUACCACGCCGCUCCCGCUCACGUCGCUUACCACGCCGCUCCCGCUCCCGUGACCUAUCACGCCGCUCCCGCCCCCAUUGCCUACCAUGCUGCUCCUGCUGCCGUCCACUAUUCUGCCCCUAUCGCUAAAGUAGUAGCCCAUCAUGAGGAAGAAAUCGCACACCCCAAAUACGAGUACACUUACUCCGUGGCUGACGGACACACCGGCGACAACAAGUCCCAGCAGGAGACCCGCGACGGAGAUGUCGUGAAGGGCUCUUACUCUUUCCACGAGGCUGAUGGCUCCAUCCGCACUGUAGAGUACACCGCUGACGACCACAACGGCUUCAACGCGGUGGUGCACAACUCCGCCCCCACGCAUGCGCCCGCCGUCAUCAAGGCUGCGCCCGUCUACGCUGCUCCCGCCUACUACCACCAUUAAUAUAUUUAGUGAAUUUGUAACCAAAGAUGAUUGAGAGAAACUGGCGGUAAUUGUUGAAUAUUUAUUUAUAUCAUGCAAAAUAUAAAAAGUGUCAAAAAUUAAA